AUGGAGACACAAUCCGAACAAAAUCGCAAUGUUCCGGACAACGAGACUCCCGCCCCGAACAUCAAUCCGACACCCCAGCCGCUACCAGCCAGACCGCUACAGCCACCACCACAACCACCCGGAACAAAGGACCUCGAUCAAAAGCCGACGCAUGCGUCAGACAGACUCGGGAAAGCAGUAGCUAAACGACCUUUCAUCACGAUCUCAGCAUCUCUGGUCCUCGCUUUUGUUGGAUCGACUUGCUUUGCAUUGUUUUGGACAACGGAAACACGAAUAGAAAAACUUUGGUUGCCGAAAAACGUCGAAUUUCUGCGAGACUUGGAAUGGGUUCAGGAUCAUUACCCACUCGAAUUAAGAAUCCAGCAAGUCAUCAUCAAGCCGAAGAAAUCCGGCGUUAAUGCGCUUCAACCGGAAUUUUUCUCCAUGCUUUUGCGAGUGCAUGAAACGGUGUCUAAAUUGACAGUGCGAGGGAAGACUUGGACGGAUGUUUGCAUGAAAAUUCCUGUGGUUCACGAUGAAGAUUCCGCAAGAAAUCGGAAAAAGAGGCAAAUACUUCAGUCGCCAGGCGGACAACAAUCAGAUUCUUACAAUUCCUACGACAACUAUUUUGAUUUUGAUAAUAAUACCAGCAAAAAUACAACAUUGGACGACGAAGAUGACUUUUUUGCGGCUUACGACGACGGCGAAGAAGAGCAUUUGUGGGACUUGCCCAGGGAAUUGUAUUGCCCAGUGUUGGUCCAACUUCCGGAACUGUGUUGGGCCAGAGGACCCUUGGAAUUAUUCGGGCAAAAUGCUUCCGAAUUCUUGUCGUCGCCUCGUCACGGAAAUCGCCUCGUCACGACAGAUGACAUCAUCGCGAUGCUCGGACGAAACCGUGGCAUGGAAGCCAGCCCAGUGUUUGGCCAUCGUACCGACUUCUCAGCCUAUCUGGGCAAAAGUGUGACCAACGCAAGUGGAUACACGAUGUUCGCAGAAGCACUCCGCAUGGAAUGGAUCUUGAAAGUGAAUUCGUCUCUGAUCAAAGAGCGCAACAGAUUAUAUCCAACAGCUCUGGGCUCAAUCGCAGACGACGACACGGAAGAAUUUGAAUCAGUUUUCAUCGAAGCCAUGCAGAAAUUAUCUCGAGAAACUGAAGAUGAAGAUUUUACAGUGUUGUUCAGUUCCAGUCGCAGCUUCGUGGACGUGUCAACGAAUGCGAUUAUGGGUGAUGCGAUGAAAUUGGCACUGGGAUAUGGCAUUGUGUUUAUCUACACAGCGAGUGUGCUUGGAAAGAAGAAUUGGACUGAAAACAGGGGGUUGCUGUCGAUUGUAGGGAUUUUCAGCGUGUUCUUGAGCAUAGUGACAUCUAUGGGAUUGUGCCAAGCACUGGGUGUUUUGUACGGACCCAUGCACAACAUGCUGCCAUUUUUACUCCUCGGAAUUGGCAUAGACGAUAUGUUCGUCGUAGUUGAGUCCUUUGAGAACAUUCCGAAAGAAAAGAAAGACACCUUGCGUGUAAACGAGCUCAUGGGCCUAACAAUGCGAAAAGCUGGACUCGCAAUUACUGUGACUUCAUUGACCGACUUUGCAGCUUUCGCAAUCGGAGCUUCUACUUCUUUGCCUGCUUUAUCCGGUUUCUGCAUUUACGCUGCUGUCGGAGUCGCAUUUCUUUACCUCUUCCAAGUGACAUUUUUCGCUGCAGCUUUUGCACUCGAUGCCAAAAGAAUGGCUGCCGGCAGAAACGGAUUUUUGCCUUUCAUCAAGCACAAGCAAACUUUUGAAAUCACCGAUAGUCUUCAUUGGACACAAGUGAAUGUCACUAAACUGGUGAUGAAGGAUUACUUGGGCCCAGCUUUGACCCAUACAUGGUGCAAGGUUCUUGUGUUACUUCUUGCUGGUUGCAUGACAGGAUUCGGCUGUUGGGGAUUGACUGAACUGAAACAAGAUUUUGAUCCAAUCUGGUUUCUUCCACAAACGUCCUACGUGCACCAAUAUUCAAUAGUUGAACGCGAAUUUUUCCCUGCGUCAACCAAUUUUGGCAAAACCUUAAUUAGCACAAAGGGUCAUCGGAUUGAAGCCUUGCCGAAACUUCGCGAUUUAAUUCAAGACAUGGAAAGCACACCAGAGGCAAAAAUCGUGUCUGUCGAUUCUUGGAUUGAUUCUUUCGAAAACUGGACUUUGACAAACUUCAAUUCCUCGUUUUUCGACGAACAGAGCAACGAGACGGACUUCAUGCCGAAAUUGAACUUAUUUUUGUACUCCCCGGAAGGCUUUAAGUAUCAAAAGAAUUUCGUGAUCUCAGGGAAUUUCUCCUGUUAUGGUUCAGCCGAAGAUGCUGUGAUUGAGUUGUCGACGAUUGACUACGUGCACGCUGUCGUUGACGAGCCGGAAGACCAGAUUUUGGCAUUGGAUGCCAUUCGCUCCAAAUUGCGGAAGUUGGGCACAGAGUCCAACAAUGAACCGAUUGGACGAGCAGUUUCUGUUUUGUAUGGAUCCUGGGAAACAAACCAGGUCAUCGGUCAAGAGCUGCGACGUAAUGUGGCAUUGGCGCUGGGCUGUGUGUUCGUCAUGACCCUGUUGCUCAUCGCGUCCCUGAGAGCGUCGCUGAUCGUUACUGCUUGCGUGUGUCUCACUGUGGUGGAUUUGGCAUUUUUGAUGCAUGUCUGGGGCCUGACCAUUGACACCGUGUCCUGCGUGGCUGUCGUGAUAGGGAUCGGACUCAGUGUGGAUUACGCGGCUCAUGUUGCUCAUGCGUUCCUCCAGAUGUCGCCGGCUUCCAAUAGGCCAUCCAGAAACGACAGGACUCGCUACGCACUAUCCUCCAUCGGAGCAGCAGUUUUCCACGGCGGAUUGUCCACUUUUCUUGCAAUUGUUGUACUCGCAGACUCCGAUUCUCACGUCUUCAAAACAUUCUUCAAGGUGUUCGUCGGCAUCGUGGGCUUUGGUUUGUUCCACGGCUUGAUCCUUCUGCCAGUGGUGCUGAGUCUCGUCGGCCCUGUCUGCUGGUCGACACCGUACUUUUUCGCGCAACCUCGUCAUUCAGGAAUGUACGACUUUGCUCGGGUUUCAUCGACGUCUUCGCCGGCGGUCGUUUUUGCAGUGUCCAUGCUGAAUUUAGUGUCGACUGUCGACAGCAGUGUCGAGGAUGGGUCUCUGCUUUCGGCGUGGCAAAUGAGCUCGUGCCAAUUCGGCCACUGUCGAAACGGUCCGAAACAAGACGCCUUGAUGGUCUUCAGCUUGUCGCUCACUCUGUUGGGCUGGGCGGACAAAGUUUUCAAACGUUAUUUUUCAUUGAUGACUUUGAAGAUCAACUUCUUGGCGAUUCACUCCCACACGCUGUGCUGCUUCCCAUCCCAACUAAGCCUGAAAGUGAACCUUCUGAGCAUUUGUCCAACCAUCAUCUGCAUGAACCCGUCAGCAUUCGACGUCUGCAUAUCUGUGCUUCACAUUGCACCUUGUUUGCUGUCGGUUUCGCCUCACAUGCUCUGCUUGCACUACUCCUACUUGACGUAUCAUCCGUGCCUUUGGUCUAUCAAAGAAUGGAGCGACAUCUUCCCGCCAAAACUUGUUAAAUAUUUAAGAAACGAACCCGCCGGUUAUCCAGGGGCUGCGCGUGUUAUUUGCUGCCUAAAGGAGAAAUCCUUGGACUACGAUAGUUCUUCCGAAGGGAAUCCGACAACGAACGAAGUUCUCGGGAUUCGGGACCCAGAGACUAAGGAAACCCUGGAUCGAACCCUGGGUUCCGUUGGAACCCAGAACCAGGGGAUACAAAAGGCCCUCAUUAACCGGGUCAAACACUGCCUUGAUCCUUGUCGCCGCGGAAAUUACACGAACGGAACACAAGCGGAAUCAAGACCCGGGGUCUUGGGGCUCGUUACCCAUGCAAAUCCCUUCUGCACAUUC